AGGCAACGCACGGCGAACGGAUCUGAAUUUCGUAUCCCCAUCCAUAUCCUUCCAUAUGUAUCUGUUUCCCAUUGAAGAACAAGUUUCCCCCUCUUCAAUCUGAAAGAAAACUGCAACAUUUGACAUUUUAACCAUCAUUUGACACUGCAACGUCAUCUUGUUCAACGGUAGACAUUGAAAAAAGAGUGAAAAAGUUCCGUUAAGUGUCGAGAACUGUGCAAAAACCUGGACGCCCACGCGACACGAAACUUUUGCGGUGCGGUCUAUGGUAUACGGUUGUACCUUGUCGUUCAGUGCAGUUCGGGCUUCGGCUCUGGAGCAACCACUAGCAGCUGGCAGAACUUUGCCCAUAUCGUAUGUGUAUUCGUGCUGAAAAUCAAUAAACUCUGUCGUCGUCGUUGUGUAGGCUGCUCUGCUGAAAGGGCAAAACCGUCAACGUCAACCCGUCAGUAGCAGCCACCGUUAACCGGCCAUAUGGCAACUGUGCAUUGUUAGGAAAUUGUUAUAGAAUCGCGCAAUAAAGGAAGGGAAUCUUCAGCAAUCGGUUAAGCACCUGAGGACCUAGAAAUUGUACAAUUAUAAGUGCCAGAGAGCCUUGCAAUAUGGCGUCCAGAUUGGAAAUGAACGUUAGCAUGGCACUGCUUGCAGCUGUGGUGUGCAGCAUAGUGGGUCAUUGCGAAAUGUCCGUAUACCCAGGACUACGCCGCCGACCCAUACAGGCGCCCGCUAUGGAUCCGCAGAACGAGCAGGAAUACGCUUUCCUUGCCCAAAUGAUGGAGCAGUACGCCCGCCGCCGGCUUCAGCAUCAAUUUGACCAGCAGCUGCACGAGAUAAACAUGAAGCUGGAACGCCAGCGGCAGCUGCUCGAGAUGGAGCGCUACCGCCAGCGACAGCAGGAGCUGCAGGUGGAGCGUGAGACGGAGGAUGACUAUGACGGUAACCUUAACAACCUGAACAACCAGCAGUACGACCAAUACGACAACGCGGAGGCCGAGCCCAGCUACGGCAGUCCCAUCAGUAAUGUGCCCGAUAUCCACUCGCCGGUGUAUUUGCCCAGUCUUCCAAAUCUUCCGAAUCUGCCCAGCCGCCACGGUCUUCCCAACUUAGGUCGGAAUAGUGUACCACGCGAGAGGAUUCCCUUCGCGGUAGGACCCAACGAUGCGCGCUUUUUCGACAACCCGAGCGAUCCCUCGGGCGAGCUGGACUCUCGAGCCCUAGAGGACUACGAGGAGUAUGCUCCAAUUCAGCCCACUCCCGAGGCGGCGACGGCUACCAUCAAGACGAAGAUUGACACGCCAGUUCAUGCACCUGUCCCAGUGGAGCCGCCCAAACUGCUCGAUGCCGCCAAUGCCAACUUCCAUCGUAUCAAUCCCAACUCAGCGGCUGCCGCAGCUGUAGCGGGUGUUAAUAUUCCCCAGGGUAAAGAUCAAACACCCCACAAGCUGAACGCCCUGAUCAGUAAGCUGCAGAAGCAGAGCAAGUCCCCGCAUGUGGCUCUGGUCAAUGGAGGGGGCGAAGCCAACUCCGAUCAGAUUGUGCUUCGCCAGCACAUGGGAAUGAGUAGUGAAAUGGGUGUCUACAUUGUGGCCUUGAUAGCGGGCAUGAGCGCAGCGGUGACUGUGGGACUUCUAGCGCUAGGAGUGACCUGGGUCCACAAUCGGAGCAAAGCAGCAGCGGACGUGGACUACCCGGCGUAUGGUGUGACCGGACCCAACAAGGACGUCUCGCCCUCGGGCGACCGCAAGCUGGCCCAGAGCGCCCAGAUGUACCAUUACCAGCACCAGAAGCAGCAGAUCAUAGCCAUGGAGAACUGUCAGGCUACCGAUGGCAGCUGUGGAAUGUCCGACGUGGAGAGCGAUGACGACAACGAGGAAGGCGACUACACGGUGUACGAGUGUCCCGGCUUGGCGCCAACCGGCGAGAUGGAGGUAAAGAAUCCACUAUUCCUGGACGAGACGCCGGCCACCCCGGCCAACAAUCUCUCCUCGGCGGCUGCUACCAACAACAACAUUACCCAGGCCACUCCCCAGCAGCCACCCACCCUGAAGAAGGGUACGGUAAAGCCGAACAUGAAUCUGUUGAAUGCCGCCGCCACAGCUGCCGCUGCCGCUGCAGCUGCUACUGGGCCAACUAAUGGAGACGAGUCGAAGCAGAAGCGCAAGAGCAAGAAGUAAGCUGCAGAUUGCAUUUUUUUCCCCCUUGGAAAUGCCCGCAGGACGUGGCAACUGGUAAAGUUUGACUGAUCCAUUGUCAGCCAAAAGGACACCCCAUACUUACAAUAGAAAUUUGUCUAUUCCAUGGAAUCUAAUUCCGCGGCUGCAGCCCGCUCGAGUGCGCAAGAAACAUAACAUUCCAGAUGUCAAACCCAGAUACUCGUACACACACGGCAACUGUCUCUUAUCUUCCCUUUGAAUAAGCAUAUAAGUCCUAUUACAUGUGGCAUUGUAUUGUAUCGUAAUCGCAUCGCUAGGGUUUAUGUCAAGCCUCCCAGUGCAUCUGUUCAGCCCAUUGCAAAUCCCAACCCCAACCCCAUCCCCAGCACCCAACCCCAGUCGAAUCCAGCUGUCAGUUGCAGAAUGGGGAGACCAGGUUAUGGCAUUGCAUUGCCUUCACCUGUGCCCAUUCAAGCGCAAUUGAUUCUCUCUUUACAAUCCAAGAUGUGUACUUAUUUAUGUCAUAGGACAAUUACCCGCACAUACUCGUAUGUGUAUAUUAUAUAUGUAUAUUAUAUAUUGUAUAUCAAACUCUUUUUUGGUGUCUGCAACUGGAAUCAAUUUAUAUGGGAAGCAUACUUAAAAGUCUGGAGCAAAGGGCGGCCACAAGGCGAGCAACCAACUAAAUGCUAACUAACAUAUUAUAUUAUUAUAUACAUACACACAAACAUAUUGAUAUACACAUAGA